AUGAGCAAAAACAUGCAUUGUUUCACUAACCAUCUCCAUCUUCUCCUCCUCCUCUUGCUGCAACUCAAGAACACUUGUGUAAUCUCCGGUGAGCCCCCCGCGGAGAGCCUCCCACUCCCUCCACAGCCAUCAAUUGCCGUCCAAAAUGCAUCAGUCGAAUACAUGGACCCAACUCUUCCUCCCCUCCUGCCUACUCAAAACCCUAAAUGCUCUCUCCAUCUCCUCCAAGAAGAUUUUGCCGACACAAUCGGUGCACCGCCAACAUAUGUCGCCUUCUCCCCUCCACCCGAUUGUCCAGCUCCUUGGUCCCGUGUUAUUCUUGACUUCUCAGGUGUUGCGUCUGACAUCCAACAAGACCGUAUCGCCGCCAUUUGGCUUGAUGGCUCUGAGAUCCUCCGCACCUCCACCCCGAUGCCUAUGUCUCCCGGCGUCUUUUGGCGUGUUCGCAAGGACGUCACCCGCUACAGUGCCCUUCUCCGUCAACCACCAGGUGGCACAGCCACUGAAAACAUCCUCUCUAUGAUGCUCGAAAACUCAAACACCACAUUCCCUGGUGUUUACAGUGUCAACAUCACUCUCCAUUUUUACCGCGGCGUUAUCCAUGAAGAAGAAUUAGUAGAAAACGAACCCUUCAAACUCUCAGCUCAUCCAACCUCCAAGGGCUUGUAUAAGAAGCCAGCAGACAAAAUAAUACCAAUCUCUAACAUUGCUGGAAAUGGAAGCACUGGUUUCUGGUUCCAAUUGACAAAUGAAACUGAACCGCCUACAGUGUCGGUGAUGGUGCCCAACAACGCUUACCGUGCAGUGAUCGAGAUUUACGUCUCCCACCACGGCAAUGACGAGUACUGGUAUGCUAAUCCUCUCCGGUCAAAUGGUCCUGAGCUGCAGGAGGUCGGCAUUGGCUUAGUAGCACCACAAGCUAAUGGCGGGUUCCGUCAGGUGGUAGCGCUGAUUGAUGGGCGAUAUGCUGGUGGUGCCAUUCCUUUUCCAGUGAUUCAACCUGGAUCCCUGAACCCGUUCUUCUGGGCACCAGUGUCAGCAAUUGGAGCUUAUGAUUACCCGUCUUAUGACCUUGAUAUAACACCCUUUGUAGGGACAUUGCUCGAUGGACAGCCACAUGAGUUUGGGUUGACAGUGAAGGACUGUCAGCCUUACUGGUUGAUCUCUGCAAACCUCCAUUUAUGGCUAGACGCAUGGUCGGAUGAAGUGGAGGGGAAACUAGUCCGAUACAAGGUGCCGCCGCUCCGACUAAGCCGACAAGCUGACUGGAAGGAGAUGGAGGGGAAGUCAGAGAUGGAAGGUGCGGCAAUCAUCAGAUUCUCUGGCUGGGUGAGCUCCUCAUUGGGAAAUGUAAGUACAAGUAUCCGUCACAAGGUCAAGUUCAAAAGCCAUGUUGAAAUGCAAGACAAGGGAGCAACAAAACAAGUGGAAAUAGAGAGCAAGUCGAGAAUAAACACACGGAUAGAACGCGAUGAUAUGGUGGUUGGCAGAGUGCUUGUUGACACAGAGGCACCGCUGCAACUGGAGAUAAUAAGCUCUAAUGGUGGUGGUGGGACGAGAUUUCAUAAGACUAAACUAACACAUGGGCUAGCGGAGUUGAUGAGCAUGACGGCGGGGAAGGCAGCAGCUUUCAGCGCAAUAUCUGACCGGCAGGACUCAGAAGGGUCGGUGUUGAUGCAAGAUGGUAUCGGUGUCUGGGGUAAAGGUGAUACCAAGUCAGUGUACAAGUUCAAAGAUGAUAAAACUUGCUACCUCAGGACGGUUAAUAUGGUUGGUGGAAAGGUGAAAGAAGACGAGGCGAGUGCCUCCUGUGCAGCUGCUGGCCUCACCGGCUCCACAGCUGUUUCCACCUUAUAG